UUUCUCGAAACAACGGCCAUCAUCUAACUCACGAUAGCUACUAUCCCUGCUCAGAGCUUAGCACACCUAUACAUCGCUCUUCUUUCAAUAUGAAGCUUGCCUCGGGGCUACCGCUCACCACCUACGGCUUCCAAUUGCUUAUGUUUGGCCGUCGGAAAGAGGGUCUCACCCCAGACCAAUACCACGACCACUACGAGAAUGUCCACAUCCCCCUUAUGAAGAAUCUAACCGGAGACACCUUUCCUUUGUCCCACGUACGACACUACGUGAAGCGCGAUGGGCCGCCUGACUUUCCUGCAGCGGUCUUAAUGGGCGACCAGGCAGACUUCGACUACGACGCGGUGGCGGUACUGACAUAUCGGGAUAAGGCGCAUUUCGACGCUAACUGGGCUUUCUUUGAGGAUGAGGAGACUUCGAGAUUGAUCAAAGAGGACGAGGACAAGUUCUCCGCGUGGGUGACGGGUGUUCUCAUCAGCACUGAAUCUACUGAUACGAGAGCUUAAGAGUAUACACCCAGCUACCAUGCAAAAGAUCAAGAAUCUCGACCUGUCAAUUCUUACAACCCUAUCGCCAGGAGUGAGAGUGGGGUCUUGUGUAUUUUGAUGAGAGAUGGUAGUUAUCAUGGACAGAGGAAGGGGUGAAGAGCUAGAAUAAUCAUGAGCAUGAAAAUUGGCUUCAAUAAUAGUACAGAUGAAGGGGAAUGUGGUGGAUCAAUUCUAUCCUUAAUUAUAACGUCUAAUAAUUGCUUUAACAUCG